AUGUCAUCGUUACAGGAUCUCCUCAAUCCUGUUUCGUCUGGCCCUUCGUCCCCCGUCACCACACGUCUCCCAAGCCCUCCACCUGUGCACAAAUAUGGACUCGCGACCAAUACUCAAGAAGCUGCCAGCGCUCUAGUAUUAUUUGCGGAUCACCAUCAUCGCAAUUCCUUUAGUCUUCCUAAUCAUGAGCACGACGGUGAUCGGUCUCCUGUAACCCCUAUAGCGACACACCAUGAUUCCUCGUCUUCUGAUACGGUUUCCUCCUCCCCGGUACCACCUGUUUCUCCACGUCGAGUGGCUCCUAUGAGAAGCUCUGCGGUACACAAAUCAAACGAUUUCACCCAAAUUCUUCGUGCAAGCAGCUCAGAGCGAGAUGCUGAUGGAGAUGAGGAAGAUGAAGAAAUGGGCGAGGACAAUGUUAAACCACAGGGCUUGACGGACUACCGUCUUUCGCCGACUCCAAUGGUCCAGGAGGGCUUGCGUUCUUCGCCACCUGCGGCAUCAGCAUCCCCCCCACCUUCUACCGUUUCGCAAAAUCUUAAAGAUGUUGUUGUAACCACCAGUAUUACUACCAAAUCUAAGAAACGCCCAUCCACAAAAAAUGUCCCCGCAAAGAAGAAGGGAAUUGCAAAGCCCCAAAAGAAGAAGCGGAAGGUUGACGUAGAAGAAGAUGAUUUGGAAUCCGAGAUUCCUGUCAAUGGCCAGCGACCCGCCAGUAUUCCACCGAGACGCGAAACUGAGUCCCCGCCGCCAACAAAAUCAUUACCACCUCUCCCAUUAUCACCCCUCCCGAAGUAUAAUGCCGAAGGUAUGGAACUUUAUUGUGUCUGCCGGAAACCUGAUUCUGGAAAAUGGAUGAUUGGUUGUGAUGGCUGUGAGGAUUGGUUCCACGGGGAAUGCAUUAAUGUUGCCGAGAAAGACGGGGAUUUGAUUGACAAAUACUUUUGCCCUCGCUGCGAGGUUUCUGGUCACGGGAUUACCACAUGGAAACGGAAAUGCCGUCUUCCUGUCUGUCGCCGCCCUGCACAAGUGGAUAAACGCCCAAAACCAUCAAAGUACUGCUGCGAUGAACACGGCGUUCAAUUCUUCAAACUUCAAACUGCUGCACAAUCGUCUCGCCCCGCCAUCUCAUCAUCUGAAUUAGCCGUCGUUGCUAAUGGUGUCUCUUCCGCGGCUGAGUUCCGUCGUAUUGGUUACCGCAUGCCAACACCACCACUAUCCGACGAGAAUUUCCGUGACUAUCCGGAAGAGAUUGAACGUCUUGUAGCAAUCGCCAAGGAACGUGAGUCGUUGAAAAACCAAAGGCAUCUUGUUGAGGAUCGUAGGCGUUAUCUUGAGUGGACACAUCAGCGGGCAAAGCGCAUUCAUGAAGAGCUUAAAGCAGAUCCAGAGGCUAGAAAUGUCGGGAAAGAGAUCUGCGGAUAUGAUGAGAGAUUUGCACUUGGUGAGGUUGAGUGGGCUGCAUGGAGGAACUCCGACGAAGGAAAGGAAGUCUUCAAGGAAGAGAGGAUACCUGGAAGGGAGGGCGUUUGUCUCAAGAAGAAGUGUGAGAAACAUGGCCUAUGGAGACCGCUCUUCAUGGAAGAAGCCCAGCUUCAUGAGAGACUGCAUCAGGAGAGACUUGUCCAGCUUAGACAAGAAGAGAAAAAGAUCAAGGAGCGCCAAAAGAGAAGGAGUGUAAGAGAUAACCGCGAGGGAACUGUUGAGAAGUUAAAAUGA